GACACGGGAACGUUACGUCAUUGAACUGAGCGCCGUGAUUGGACGACCCGACCUGACGUCUAGGAAGGGCAAAGCGAUUAGCGGAAAGAUGGCGGCGCCCUUGCUGGUAAGAAAUCUACAGCUCUGUGGACUACAGAGCAGGGCAGUGCUUUGCAUCACACAGAGAGGCGUGCAGACCAGUACAUUAUUAUGUGCAGGGCAGGAAUUUAGGAUAAGACAUGGCUUUGCUCGCAGUGGAUCUGAAUAUGGCCCUUUGACUGACCUCCCAGACUGGAGCUUUGCAGAUGGACGCCCAGGUGUGCCCUGGAAAGGACAGAUAAGGAGAAAAGAGGAACGUGAAGCCUUUGCUCGACGGGUUAUCGUUCUUAGUACAGAAAUGGAAAAAGGCAUAAAAAAGUGGAAUGACAAACAGCAAGCUCUUAAAGACGAACAGAAACUUAAAGAGAAAAUGCAGCUGAAACAUAAGGCAAUUCACAAAAAGAAUGUUAAGCCCCAGUAGGCUACACUUAAUUAUCUGUUUAAUUCACUGCAAUCCAGACAAUUGUGAUCCAGGCUUUGGAUUGUGUAUGUUGGGUGAACAUAAUUUUUAUUCAUACUGUAUGACAAGGUAUUUAAACCUACCAGAAGUGCUACAACCAUUACCUGUAAGAACAUGUUUUGGGAGAUUAAAGUUGAAUUUAUUUACAAAAUAU